AUGGAGGGCCUUUGGGAUGCCAGCCUGCUGCAGGGCCACGAGGUGCUGAUCAAUCGCGAGAGCUUUGUGAUCGACGAUGCCGAGCUGGUGGUCUCUUUGACGGCCGGGGUCGAGAUCUGCAGGGACUCUGAUCGGCUCCGAAAGGCUCCCUUCCAACCAGCCUGCUGCCAGGUGCGGGGGCCCUUCUUCAAUCCCAAGGCCAUGAAGGAGCUCACCAACGCGGAUCCCGCGGCGGAGGCCGCUUGCAGAGAGUCCGGAAGGAAGGGAUGCAGGUACUUGCAGACCUACGACUUGCAGGGCCUCACCCGCUUCAACGGCAGCGGGGUUAAGGUGAGCUUCAACGGCAAGACCUUCGAGAUGAAACACAACCAGCACUUCGUCAUCGGCCCCUUGGCUUCGGACGCCAUAGAAGUCACCGCGGGCGCCGGUAGGGCCCCGAGCUAUUUUGCGCCCUGCGCCACCGCUGAGUGGGAGGUUCUGCUCACCGAUACCUCCGAAGGCGCUGGGCGGCCAAGGCAGGUUUCGGCGCCGCUCAAGGCGCCGCCGAACGACCAGCGCCAGGGCUGCGGGAAGCAUCCGGCCGACUACUUCGCGGGCACCAUCGCGCUGCUCCAGCGAGGAGGCUGCUACUUCUCCUGGAAGGCGGUACUUGCCGAAGAGGCGGGGGCCGAAGCGGUGCUGAUCUAUGACACUGUGGACGUGCAGUCCACCGCGGUGCUGGCCAUUGCCGGGCCCUUCCCCAACCCCAGGAUCGCGGGGUAUUUGAUCUCCAAGGCACAGGGCCUCCAACUUCUGCAGCGCCUGGAGGGCGGCGAGGAGAUCGAGGUGCUAUGCAGCUGGAGCCCCAUGGAGGUCUGGUUCGAUCUGCCGGCCUACUCCUCGGAGGUGAAUGACACCUUGACGCUGGAGAACACCGGGGACGAGGAUAUGCAUUGGGUGGUGGAUGUCAUCGAUCACAACCGAACCUUCGAGGAGGACCCUUUUUAUUCGGCCAAGGUGCUGUCUCCUCCUGCAGAUUUCGACUUGUCCGCCCCGGGCGGCGCUGUUGAGGUCUUCGACCUCACGAUGUUCAAUGGCUCGGUGGAGCUGGACGACGAAGCCCAGCUCAUGGCCCUGGCGUUUCCCUUCCCGCACUACCUGCACUACUACCAGCAGGCCUUCGUCUCCUGCAACGGCGCGCUGAUCUUCGACCCCGUGCUCGACGAGCUCACGCGCCGCGCGGCCACGCUGGCGGCCCUGGAGCAGCCCGGGACGCCGGACGCGGUGCUGGCGGCGAUGUGGGCCGACCUCGUCUGCCCCAAAGGCGCCCGUGUGUCGGCGAAGCGCGCGGCGUCUGCAGAGAUCAUGGCUGUGCGCUACGAGGGUCUGCAGCUGAAGGGCGAGGAGGGUAACCUCACCUUCGAAGUGCGGCUGCACAAUGAUGGCCGGGUGCUGGUGAUUAUGGAGGACUUCCCGAGCAACGUGAGCGCCAUGUCCCAGGUGCAGGUGGGCCUGCAGCCGGCCACGGGCGCCAAAGCCUUGAGCAUCGGCGGUUUGCUGCCGUGGGCUGAGGGGCCGCUGGCGGUGGAGCUGACGCCCUGGGUAAGGAUCAAGGAGCACGGCGGUGAGAGCGUGGCUCCGAAUCAGUCGCUUACCCUGGAACUCGCCUUCGAGCGGCAGCCGGACCUCUACGGCUGGCUGCUGUUCUACGCGGAGCGGUCCAUCGGAAGUUGGCACCCCCGGCGCAACGUGCGCUUCAGCCAACGCCUCUUCCGCCACUUCUGGGUCCUCGGCGCCUGGGACGGCGGAAUGCAUUCUGGCAGCUGCGCCGCAGGUUUCGUGAGGCGUCGGAAUGUGACCUGCAUGGGCAACGACGGGAAGGUCUACGACCCCAGCUUCUGCGCUGGCACGUGUAUGGACCUCGACCCGGUGUACUACUACGACUACCCGGAGAGGUAUGUUUGGAAGGACGGGUACAACAACCGCUGCGAGGACUAUCGGGUUUUGGACUUCUGCCGUGACGGGAGCUAUGGAUCCAAGUGGCAGUCCUGGUGGGGCACCUUCAGCGACUGGACCAGCUCGGGCAUCGGUGCAGACGAGGCCUGCUGCUUGUGCGGCGGCGGUACCAUGGAGAUUGACACCCCCCACGCGGAGGAGCCGUGCCCCACGGUGAACUGCCCGGCCAACUCGGCGGGGGACAAUGUGCUCACGGGGUGCCGGUGCCGAGCCGGGUACAGCGGGGAAAUCAACCGCUCCCAGGACUACCCCUACUACUCGGAGCCCUGCUGGCCGGUGCUGUGCCCAGCCUUCUCCCUGGGCAUCAACGUCAUCAGCGGGUGCAGCUGCAUGGAGGGCUACGUGGGGAGCAUCCAGCCCAGUGAGGUGGAGCCUUUCUACACCGGGAGCUGCGUAGAGACCACCACGAGUACUUCCUUCACUGGCACAGCUACCAGCUCCACUAGGACCACCAGCACCAGCAGCUUUACCUUGUCCAGCACCAGGACAGUGACAACUGUGUCAAGCUCAAGCAUCAGCUUCACCACGUCUGUGACAUCCACAGCCACACUCACCAGCAGCACAAGAACCACCUCAAGUUCCACGGGCACGAGUAUCACCACCAGCUCCUCCAGCACUUCCAGUGCAACUCUGACCUUUACGGCGACCAAUACCAGCUCUACGACUAGGACCACAAGGACCACCACUUGGACUGCAAGCACCACAAGCCGCGGGGUUUCAGGCCCGACCACGCUGAGACGUGUGCACACGACUGCAGAAGCUGGAACGAGCUCCAGUGCUUCCGAAGGCUCUGGUGGAGUGACUUUGAACGUUGGGACGAGCUCAGUCUUCGAGACCUCCACCACGGAGCCUGAGGAGAACCUGACAAAUGCAAGCACCACCUCACGGGCCUUUGGCCAGUCCCAAAUGCAGUUUGCGGCUCUGGGAGGAGAGGAGGCGAAAGCUGGGGCCUUCUUCGGUCUCUUCUUGCUGGUGGUCCUGGUGAUGUCGGCCAUGUGCUGCAGUGUGAUUUUCAUGCUGGGGAAGAAGCGCUGCCGAUCGCGCGAGGCUGGUGGCAAGGUGCAACCUGAGGAUUCGGAGAAGAUUGAGGUGCCGCUUCGCGGGUGGUCGCAGGGAGAUUUGCAGCUGCGGCAGGAGGGUGAGGACCUCUUAGCGACUCUGAAGCGGGUUUGGACCACCUGGCGAGGUGACUUCGACGGCAUUGUGCCGGAUCCGGAAGCUCCGUCGUCUUACAAGAGCUCGGUGCGGGAAGCACUGCAAGACUGGCGACGAGUUCGAAAGGGAGCUACCAAGGACUCGCAGAAUCCCAAGCUGCUGAACAUGGCGGACAUUGCUGAAGACCUGGCACUAGGCGCUGACUGUGAGCCGAGCUUUAGCACUGUGCGGCGCAGCAUCGAGGAGCAUUGGCUGAAGACAUGCGCUGAGCGGGAGGAGUUUCAGGACCCGGGGGACUCCGUCUCGACCGCCGCGCUGCGCCGGCGAAGCUCCAGCGUGGGCUCCCUGCGGGAUGCCGCCGACGCGGAGACGGAGUUCGCCGCGGAGGUUGCGGAGAUCAUGGCGCAGCCGCCGCGCUCGGGCGCGGCGCUGGCGGCGCGGCUCUCCUCCAGCCGCGUGCUCUUUGAGCUAGCGCCGCGGCAGCGCCGUGUGGUGCUGGACCGCGCGGCCGAGGCGUUCGAUGCCUUCCAAGGGCAACAGCUGCAGCUGGAGCUGGUGCGUCUCUUCGCCGCCAAAUCUGCCGCCGGCCACGAGGACGCCAUCUCCGAAGGAGCAGGCCAGACGAGCAUUGCUGAGCUGGGGGAGGAUUUGCUGCUUCAGCUGAAGCAAAGUUUGCCACUUGCCGUUGCCGAGCUGGACAACUUCUGCGCUCACUGGCGCGCGAAGCCGCGUGAAGCCUCCGAAGCCGUGGCGUCGCGGCUGUGCGAGGAGCUGACGAGGAUGUUGCAGGAGGCGUCCGCCGGCGCCUUCCACCCUCUGGUGGAGGUAUCCCCGGAAUUCGAGGUGGCCUGGCGACGGAGGUUACAGGAGCUAGAGGGCGAGAUGAGACGAGACGCAUCUGCCAAGUCGCAAAGCCUGCAGGAAGUGAUUCAAGAAGACUCGGAGUCGGAGCUGAUUGACUCGGGACGGAGGCUAUCGGAAGGCUCCCUGGAAUCCGUGCAGCGCGCCGGCUCGGAGUUGAAGGGCAUCGUGGUGAAGUCGCCAAGCCUGCAGGAUCCGAGCCCAUCAGACUCAGAAGCUGACUCUGCGGGCUUGGGGGCCGUUGCCUCGUCCAACAGCCUGCAAGAUCCGCUCGACAACUCGGACUCGGACCUCGACUCGGUGCCUUUGCGGAGGUUUCCCGCGAGGAACCAAAAUCUGCAGGAGGUGGCGCGCAGGGCGGAGUUGGAGUUGGCGCGGCAGAUGCGUUCGCCAAGUCUGGAGGAUGCUGAUGCAGAGAUCAAGCCGCCAGAGAUCACGCCUCAAGAGGCGCUGCCUCAAGAGUCAAGGGCCGAGACGGAGUCCGCACUUGGCGUGGAGGUGGUUUAUCAACGGGCAGAGCGCGGAUUGGCGCCGGUGGCGCGCAGGGCGGAGUUGGAGUUGGCGCGGCAGAUGCGGUCGCCAAGCCUGGAGGAUGCUGAUGCAGAGAUCAAGCCGCCAGAGAUCACGCCUCAAGCGGCGCCUCAAGAGUCAAGGGCCGAGACGGAGUCCGCACUUGACGUGGAGGUGGUUUAUCAACGGGCAGGGCCCAGAUUGCUAGCCGGAAAGCCAGAGAAUUCGCAAAGCUUGCAAGAACUGGUCGAUGUGGAGCUGGAGAACUCCAAACCCUUCGGCAAGACCAAGAGUCGCAGUUUUCAGGACUUGGGCUCUGCCAAUGAGGAGCCAGCGAGCCACUUGCUGCUGGUGGAGAGUUUGUUGGACACCUUCACCUCCCACAGCUGGACGAACCCUCGCCGCCUGGCGGCCUCCUUGCGUCGUGCCGGGGAGUCGCAGGAGGCGCUGAUGGGCUGCGCGGUGCAGGCGAGGAUGCUGCUGAGGAGCCACGAGGUGGCGCCCGACUUCGUCUCCCCAUGGACGAGGUCUCCCCACCUGGAGCAGCUGGGCCAGGACCUCCUGAACGCUCUGAGGGGAGCCGAAGGUGAGGCUCAGGUUGAGGCGGUGACGGAGGCAUGGAAGGUGCGAAUGGCCGGCGAGGCGGCGCCGGAACUGCUGACAGCGAUGGCGGAGGAGACGAAACAGUUGGCGAAAGUGCAGGACCUGCUUUCCGUCUCAGACCGCCGCGUGUUAGAAGCCUCGAUCACCACGGUGUGGCACCACCUCCUCGCCCUCUCCGGCGCUGACCACGGGCCGAAUCGUUCCGAGUCUGUGGGCAGCGCUUUCGGGCCGUCUUUUGAGAUCGAGAAAUCCAUGGAGUGGCAGGCGAUCAACUCCAAGUCCAUCGAGUUUUCGGAGGAGUCGAUCGAGCUGAAGGCGAUGAACUCCAAGUCCGUCGAGUUGUCCGAGGAGUCUGACUACGAGAUGUCCCGGGAAGAGAGGCAGCUGAAGGUGGCGGCCAGCGCCUAUGGGUCCUUGGUGGAGGAAGUCUUGGAGGUGCUCGGCGAGAACGAGCAGGUGGAGACCGCUGUGGACGGCUGGCAGCAGCGCCAGAUCGACUCCCCCGUGUUGGACCGCGACACCGGAAAGCUGCUUCGUGAGAUGGCGGAGGAGACGCGGAGUUUAGCAAAGGCCUCCAGUUCUUCGAAUGGAAGUCGGCAGUCUUUGCUGAAACUCUUUGAGGAGGUUUGGGACAAGAAGAUGGCGCAGCGCCAAAGAGCCCCGCGGAGCGGGCCGUGGACCAACUGCGAGGUGCUGUAUCGGAGGGGCGAGGCGUUGCUGAACAACUUCGGUGACCUGGUGAAGGCCUCGAGGCGACAGAAGAUGAAGCAGACCCAGCUCAAGCGAGAGCUGGCACAGGUGGCCGACCAUUGGUGCCACAGGACGCUGGCUGCUGCAGUGGGCGCCGACUGCGUGAGCUACAAGCUCCUGCGUGAGAUGUCCCUGGAGGCGCAACGGAUCUUCAUCGCCAAGGCGAAGGAGGCGGGGCUCAGCGAAGGCUUCACGGCCUCGGCGUUUCUGCGGCAGGCGCUGCCGGAGACCCGCGAGGCCUGGCGGGACAUGGUGGCCAAGAUCCAGGGGGACGUGACGGAGGACAGCUGGAAGCAGUGGCUGGACUCUUGGGAGACGCCCAGCGAGGUGAAGUCGAAGGAGAACGUGGCACGCUGGAAGAGUUCCGUGAACAAGCUGAAGACCAUCGGAGCAUUGAUGAAUAUGAAGAAGGUGGGCAAAGUGGGGUCUGCGGACUCCGGGAAUGGUCCGCGGGCGUCAGGCAGUUUGCGGCCCGAGAAACGGUCCGGCAGCAAGGAGGAGCGACCAGAAGGCGUAAAGCGUUCCGGGAGUUUGAUGCCUUCAGGCAGCUUGAAGCCUUCAGCCAGCGCAGCCAGCCUGGCUCCGAGCUUGAACGGGUCACCUUCCAGUUCGAGGAGACCCUCAGGAACUUGGCGACCUUCUGGCAGCUUUCGGUCCCUCGCCGAGCAGUCCUCGAGCUCAGCCGCCUUGCCAACCCGAAAGCCGACACGGAGCCCCUCGCGCAAGCUGCAGACACAGACCUCCUCCGUGGAGUCUCAGCCUGAGACCUUUAACUAUCUGGUCUUGAGUGACGCCGUGAGCGCCUUCCGUUCCCGCAUAGGCAGUGGCUCCUCGGAGCAGCCAGGUGGCACCAGAGAGGAAGGCAAUCUCACCGCCUCCCUCCCGACUGGCUCACUGCCCAUCGCUAGCUCCUCCUCCGGCGUUGGGCGCCUGGCUGUGCCCCAGCGCAAGAGCCAACGCACACGCUCGAACGAGAGCGCGGCCAGUCCAUCCGAAAGCGCCAGUUUUGCUUCCAGCGCCUCGAACAAUGCUCGGAGGAUGUCUGGGGACAAUGAGUUUGAGCGUCUCAUGGCCAGAUCUCCUAUCCGCAAGGACUCGGUAUCGCCAGCAUCGCCCUUUGAGAGCCCGAGGAGGAAUUCUGUGCGGAGAGUGUCGAUUGCAAGCUCCGAUGAGGAACGGGGUGACGAAUCGACAUCCAGAGGACAUCGCUGGAAGAACCGGAAAGCGCUGCCGCGCACCGGCAGCGCUGUGAUCAAGGACAAAGCAUGAAGUUCCAGAGGCAAACCCGAUCGGUAGAUCUUGCAGUAGCGCGGAAAGGCGUCAACAUG